AUGCUCACAUCCAUAACUGGAAUCGCUGGUUGUAUCCUCACAACUGCUCAACUGCCACUCGGCGUUCUCCGUCGUAAACUCCGCCGAGAUCAUCGCAAGUAUCUUAUGACGGCAUCGGCGGCAGUUUUAGUGGAGUUUUGGGUGACCAGAAAACACGGCAUUCUCGCCGGACUCUUCGCUGGAGCUCUCCACUUCGUCGGAAGUCGCUUGGUCAUCCCCGGGAUCACCGGCGGGAUCGGCUCUGGGAAGUCCACGGCGGUCGCAUAUCUAGAGGCGAAAUAUAAUGUCCAGGUUAUCGAUGCGGAUAAGAUAGCUCGAGAAAUCAUGGAGCCGGGCCGUCCAGCAUUUAAUGAAGUAGUUGCUUCAUUUGGAGAUGGAAUAGUAACUCCUCAAGGCCAAAUCAACAGGCAGAAAUUGGGCGAACUUGUUUUCGCCGAUGCAAAGGCUCGAGCCUUGCUGAAUACAAUAACUCACAAGCAUAUCAUUAUAACUAUGCUGUGGCGACUUUUCUCCUAUCGUGUGCUUCCUCCCUACAACAAGCCUCCGAUAGUGAUGGAUGUGCCUCUGCUGCUCGAGACGCCGGGGCUGUCGUGGGUCUGCGACCCGGUGGUUGUCGUCUAUGUGGACCCCCAAACUCAGUUGGAUCGUCUUGUGAAGCGGUGCCCGACUGAGAGUGUUACGAAUCUGACUAACAGAGUUAAGUCGCAGAUGCGCCUUGAAGACAAGGCCGCUCUUGCUGACCGAGUUGUGGAUAAUCGUGGCGACUUGAAGCACUUGGAGAAGCAAGUUGAUGAUUUGUAUGAGAAAGAAAUCAAGAAUAUGUAA